AUGCAGUCCCUCACCUGGGAAACCAUCCAUUCCACGGUACAUUCCUGCCACAGAUCAACAAUCCUGUGCCUCGUGCAAGCAGGCAAGCCAGUCUGGACUUUCUCGAGGCUGCACGUCGCCUAUCAGCCGUUCUCACACCAGACAUCACCACCAGCAAAGAUGGCAAAGCUGGUUGGAUUUUUCUUGGUCGCGUCUCAGAUUUUUGUUACUCAUAGUCUGCCUGCUGGAGAGCUCAAGAGUGAGCCAGGUGAUAUCGUCGAGCGUGCAAUCACCAUAUCCACAGAUGUCCUGGCUACAACGAGUUACAGUAGAGCAAUCGAGACUCUACAAUCGAUAUCUGUUACGAUAGAGCCGUCGCUCACAGGAACUAUUUUGACUGCCCUUCCUUCCAACGGAGUCAAUACCAAAGAUCCUGUCAUCCGGCCCAUUCCAACUACCGUAGGCCAGCCGCUAUGUCCCAACGAGACACCUCUAGACCCAGGCCCAACGGCAUCAGUAGGGCAAGCUUCAGACAAUAUCUUUCAGCCAGUAGCGACUACGGGGCCAGCAGCUUCACUGCCAUUUCGAAGUGAUCAUAUUGUGAAGAAGCAAAAUAUUGUCGACGAGAACGUACCCAUUCAGACCAACAAGUUCUACGCAAACUUCUUCCUUGGUAGCCAAAGCUUUCCCGUCUGGACACAUCCCUAUUCUUUGACUUGGGCUAAAGGAGUGGGCGGCUCUUUUGGCAUGGCUGUCACGCACACCGUGCGAGAACAGUUUGCUUUUGGCCCGAAUCCCAAUAGCCCACAGUACUUUAUUUCACCAAUUGGUAUCCAUCAUUUAGUGUUGUCGGCUGCGGAGCUCGGGAGGGACACGCAUCUUUCUCUAGAGAACCUGCAAGCGUUCUCAACCUAUGCCAAUCUAGCUGCAUCUGCAGGGAGUCGCGUAGUCAUGUCAAUUCCAUGCGUCCAGGGUAUGGGAUUUGUGACAGCACUUUACGAUAGAGCUCAGCCCGUCAUCACCACGGGUGUUUUCUUUCGCACUCUGAACUAUAUAUCCGUUGUUAAUGGUAUAGCCCACAAGUACAGGCUGACGCUCAACGAUGGUUCAGUCUGGCUUCUAUACGCUACGUCUAUCGGAUCCGUAGGUGUGCCACCCUUCACUUUGGAUAGUAGUUCCACAAUCACGGGGCCAAGGAACUUCCAAGGUAUGAUACAGGUUACGAAAAACCCCUCCGCUUGGGAAGGGGAAGAUGUCUUCGACAUGAGUGCAGGUUCUUACGCGAUCAACGCAACAAUAUCUGCCUCUGUGAGCGGCCAGGUUGGAAAGUAUAGCCUCUCCUGGGCGAAAGGGGGAGUCCAGAGUCAGACUUUGUUAAUGUACGCACUGCCGCAUCACGUAGAAUCGUUUGACCAGGAAACAAGAGCGGCAGUGAAGAACAUCUCACUCGUGACCACCACUAAAGGUUACGCGACAGCGGUACUUGCCGACAGGAUCACAAUGGUGGAAGACGAUCUUCCGGUUUCGAUCGCAUUCGCGCCUUGGGCGAAACAUCCGAAUGGCGCUCCUGGUGGUUCUGGCAACAUCAACCUCCAACCUGCGGCAUUGAAUCUGAUCAACCAGGCCGGUAUCAAAGAGCUUGGUCAAGAUUUUGAUGCACAGACCAGACUAAACAGCAUGUAUUACUCCGGUAAAGGGCUAGCUAAGUUUGCUGCUGUCAUCUACACCCUGAACAGCAUGACUGGGAACAGCCAGUAUGCGGCAGCCGGACUUGACAGGCUCAAGGAUGCUUUCAACGUAUUUGUCAACAACACUCAACCCGAGCCGCUUGUCUAUGAUCAGGUCUGGAAGGGCGUUGUCUCGAGCGCGACGUACAAGCCGCCUUAUGACACAGGGCUUGAUUUUGGCAACACGCUUUACAACGACCAUCACUUCCACUACGGCUACUUUGUCUGGACUGCUGCGGUCAUUGGCCAUCUUGACCCGACGUGGCUCGAUCAGGGUAUCAAUAAAGACUGGGUCAAUACUCUUGUCCGUGAUUAUGCGAACCCAGUCAACGAUGCUUACUAUCCUUUCCAGCGAUCCUUUGACUGGUUCCACGGCCACUCUUGGGCCAAAGGGCUCUUUGAAUCAGGGGAUGGAAAGGACCAAGAGUCCACCUCGGAGGAUACUUUUGCCACCUAUGCCCUCAAGAUGUGGGGCAGAAUCUCUCGCGACCCCAACAUGGAAGCCCGGGGUAACUUGCAGCUCGCAUUGCAAGCCCGCAGUCUAAAAAACUACUUCCUCAUGACGUCGGACAACAAGAACCAGCCUCCGCAGUUUGUGCCAAACAAGGUUACGGGUAUUCUUUUCGAGAACAAGAUUGACCAUACGACUUAUUUUGGCGGAAAGACAGAGUACAUUGAGGGCAUCCACAUGAUUCCUCUCAACCCAUCUUCUGCCUACACCCGUUCCAAACAGUUUGUGCAAGAGGAGUGGGACACGUACUUUAGCAAUGGCCGCGUCGACCAAGUUGUCGGUGGCUGGAAAGCCAUUCUCUACGCCAACCUCGCGCUCAUUGAUCCCGAGAAAUCAUACAAGUUCUUCGCAGACCCGGAAUUCAACACGCAGCUUGAUGGUGGGGCGAGUCGCACGUGGUAUCUCGCUUACUCUGCGGCCAUGAUGAGUGCGAACUCUGCAUAUGCGAUGCCGGAUCCAAAUUUGACGCUGGAUGAUGGCAAGGAGGGUGGUGAGGGGCCUCUGUAUAUUGAGCCGAAUUUUGAUGGGCCAGAGUAUACGCAUAAUGAUGAGUGGAUGGAAGAUGGUAUGCGACCUGAGUACAUUGAUCCAGAUUUCGAGGGACCGCAAUAUACGCAUAAUGAUGGGUUGAAGUAUGUGGUGCCUCCGAAGAUGGCGCCUGUGGAGACUGUGGUUCCCGGUGCGGAGUGGCAGAGAGUAAACUCGCUGGAUCAGGAGCCACAGGCUACAGAGCAGCAGUCCACCCCGUCAGAGUCUUCUGAUUCUUCAGCUAUCAGCUCUGAACCUACGGACCCACAAUCCGUCGAUCCUCAAGAUACCCAAUCCCAAUCCACCGAGCCAUCAAACCCAGAUUCCGAAUCCAUGAACCCCAAUGUCCCGGUUCUCCAAGACGUCAACCUCGAAGCUGCCCAAACACCAUCUUCCAUAUUGCCUUCCCUCAUCCCCGCACAACCCACAUCCCCAGCACGAGGCACGUGGCCCAUCGGCUUCACCUGGCCAAAACCCAACGGCCCCAGACCAACUCCGAGUCCUAAACCUUCUCCUAGCCUGAAGCCAACAUUUGUCUGGCCCCGCCCGACAAGGACGCCUACAUCUACAUCCACCGCACGGCUUACGCUUGUUGCGCAGCCCAUGCCCACGCCGGAGCUGGUGUUGAGUGUAGGGUUGGAGUCGGGCGUGAGUGCAGCGACGAUGUCGGUGCUGCAUGAUCUUCCUGUCGCGUUGCCGAGGCCAACGAUCGUUUAUGUGCAGGGUUGGGAGCCGGAUGGUGGGGACGGCGAGAGGCCCGACAUUUUUGAGUUUUCAGGCGAGCUUGGGGAGAAGGGAGAAUCAUGGUCAGAGACGCAGACGCAGACGCAGACGCAGCCCCAGAUGACAUCGCCUUCUCCUUUUUCUUCUCCUUCUCCAUCGCAGGCCGAGAGCGAGACGAAUACCAAAGUCGUCAAUCUCGGACUGCAAAAUGAUAACACGGAUACGCUGGAUAUGAACUGGGCGCUUCAGGAUAAAGAGGGGAUAGAACAAGACCAAGGCCAGACGGGCCAGCGUCGUGAGGAUGGGGACGCGGAUUUGGGUGACGAGUGGGAGUGUGAAGACGAUGACGAUGAUGACGGGGGUGAUGAUGAUGAUGAUGAUGAUGAUAAUGGCAAUGACGACCUCGAGGAAAAGGUCAGCGGCAAUACGGCAGCAGGGUCAGAGAAGGGCACAGGUACUUGA